AUGAAAAUUUCCAAAAUUGUUCUGGCUAUCGCUUUUUAUUCCAUCGGUAUAGCGGCUUUACCUACCAAUUUUAAAUGUGCUACCGAAUGCGGCGACAAAACUGGAGUUAACCUCCAUUCUAAGCGCUCAAGCGUCACUAAUGGCUCAGCCGGUGCUGCCACGGUUUAUACAUGCAGCAAAUGUUAUUCCUAUACAAGCAAAAAUCAGGAAAACGUGAUCGCCCAUCAAGCCGCAUGCGAUGGUAAUAAAAUAAGGCUUACCCCUAAUUCAAAAUGUCAGGGAAAAAGCUCAGUCGAUAUCCGCAUUUACCGUUAG